GGAACAGCACCAAAAAUGCUAGACAAACAAGGAAGAUGUGCAAGCAAAUAAUAUUGCUGCUUCUAAUACUUAGUACUUAUUGAGCUCUUUGGCCAAAAUGGCGACGUACUGGUAACAUAAAAUAAAUUAAUAGGAUCAAUUAUUUUCACCGGUGGAAUCUCUCUAAGCGAUAUGAAGAAAGAUUAAGUUGUGAAGGUCAGACAGCAGAAGGUCCAAGCCUGCAAUUUUUAAUAUCAAGAUGUCACCUGGAAAGACCUCAGUCAACAUUGUGAACUUGGGAAGAGUUGCUUACCGCAGUGCUCUACAGAUACAGCAACAAUAUAUCAAACAACAUUUUGAUUCUUCAAUCCAAACUCCAAACACAGUACUCUUGUGUGAACAUGAUCCUGUUUACACCACUGGCAUUCGGAGAGCACCGUACCCUGCUGAAGAAGAGCAGAGACUGAGAGAUCUGGGUGCAGAAUUCUUUCGGACGAACCGUGGAGGUCUUAUCACCUUUCAUGGGCCUGGGCAGAUGGUGUGUUAUCCUAUUCUUAACCUGGGCUGCUUUAAGAAGAGUGUGAGGUGGUAUGUAUGUGAACUAGAAAAGACAGUGAUUAAGAUGUGUGGCAAGUUCGGGAUUAAAGCCUCCACCUCUCCGGAUACUGGUGUCUGGGUAGGAAACAACAAAAUAUGUGCAAUUGGUAUCCACUGUGGUAGAUACAUCACUUCUCAUGGGUUGGGACUGAACUGCAACACUGACAUGAGCUGGUUUGACCACAUUGUGCCCUGUGGUAUUAUGGGAAAAGGAGUUACCUCACUCAGUCAAGAGCUCGGCCGGGAUGUCACGAUCGAAGAGGCGACUCCAGUGUUACUACAGGCUUUUAGUGAACAGUUCAACUGCACUCUGAGUAAAGCUGAGCUUCUAUAAAACCACUGACUUUAAACUGAUAAAUGCUGUAGGACCCUUCUCUAAUGGGUAACCCAAAUAAAACUUUAAAUGUUUUGCCAAA